ACAAUGCAAAACACAAACACCUGUUCUUCAACUCGCUCCUUAACCUUCACAUUCCACAACGAGAUCUCAUCAUUCUCUUCGUUCUCAUUCCUUUCCUCUCCUAACCGUCGCCAUGUUGCGCUCUUUCUGGCGAUCCAUCGAUCGCUUCUCCGUUCAACACUUCAAAUAUGUAAUUAAUGAACUGAAGCAGAUUGAAGUUGUACACAAGCAUAACAGGGAAUUUGUGAUGGAUUUAUUGCAGUCUAUUGUGGAAAUAGUAACUUAUGGUGAUAGACAAGAUCCGUCCAUUUUUGAAUGUUUCAUGGAACACCAAGUACUGGCGGAAUUUGUUCGCAUACUUAAGAUCAGUGAAAAUUCAAAAAUCGAGGCUCCACUGCUUCAGUAUCUGAGCAUAAUGAUUCAAAACAUGGAUAGUGAACAUGCAAUUUACUAUUGCUUCAGCAAUGGUUAUAUUAACAGCAUUAUUUCACAUCCCUUCAAAUUUGAUGGGGGAGACCUAACUCCAUACUAUGUGUCUUUUCUAAGGGCAAUUAGUGGUAAAAUAAACAGAGACACACUUUGCCUUCUUGUGAAGGUUAAUGGGAAUUCAGCGGAAGUAUUUGAAGAUUCUCUUUGUUUAAAAAUUCGACUGCAGGAUGCUGUAGUUGCCUUUCCCUUGUACACUGAGGCUCUAAGCUUUGCUCAUUAUGAGGAAAAGAUGAUUCAGACAGCUGUACGUGCAUUAGUUCUCAAUGUCUACAAUGUUAGUGAUGACAUGGUCUAUCAAUUUAUAUUGACUCCUCCAGUUUCAGAGUACUUCUCUGACCUGGUUCAUAGAUUAAGAGAUCUAUGCUUUCGCUUAGAUGCUUUUCUCUAUGAUAAAAGGGAGAUGGACACUGAAAAAAGAAGAAAUGGUCUGAUUCUUGAAUCUGAUAAAGUUGUGGAUGAGCUGUACUACUUUAAAGACAUUCUUAGUGUUGGCGAGUGUCGUUUGACUAGACUGGUUACUGAAAAUCUUCUGAAUGGGCUUGUGUUUCCUUUACUAUUCUCAUUACUGGCUUCAAACAAUAAUAAUGGCUUAGAUUUAUCUGCUAUCACUUCGUUAUAUAUCUUAUCACGCCUUCUUCAAGUUGUUGGUGGACGAAGCAUGAUUAACAAUGUGGCAGUUGUUAUUCUGUAUCAUUUUUUAAACUUAAAUGUGAGAGCUCUGAGUAAAGGGAAUGCUUCUGAUGGCCAUGAUGAUGUUAAACCUUUUUCAAAGUGCUUGAAUGAAGUAGAAAGAAUUAUAUGUUAUGCUUCUGAGCCAAAUGGAGCUGAGAGCAUCGAUGGGAACUAUUUAGGUGCUCAUUGGGAAGAUUUCAUGUCCAAUUUCAAUAUUAGUAGCUCAAGUGGUGAAAUUCAUUCCAAAAGGAGUGGUAUACUUGCAUUUGUUUUCUCUGAGGAUCACAGCCUAUUGUUAGCUUCUAUAUUUCUCUUGCUUCUUUUGGCAGAAAGUAAAGAUCUUGAUUGUUUCUUAUCUCCAAUGAUUGAGCUGUAUGGGACUGGGGAUGCGAUGUUGCAGACUAAUGACACAUCCACUUUUAAGUCUGUGGAUGGAAGUAUCCUCAUUAGAUGUAUGCCUGAGAUUUUAAAUGCCCUGCUGAAGGUUUUAGCCUUCCAGGAAUCCCUCUCUGCAAUGAUGCUAUGGCAUGCUGGGUGGUGCUUGCAAAAGCUACUUAACUUCCAUAAAGAGGGACUUAAUGGUGAUAAUCUCCUCCUAUUCACUACUUCAUAUGAGCAGUCUCGUGUACACUUUCUGAAAGAACUUGAUGGAAUUUGGUUUGAUCAUAUUCUAGAUACUCUAAGAACUGAAUGGGCGAGCUGUAAAAGAGUUCUUGAGCAAUCUUCCCAAUAUAAAGAUCCAUUAUUUAUGUUGGAGCUUGUUCUUCACCAACAAACCACCAGUGGUGAAAAAACUUCCUAUUUCUCUUGGCAAAGGAUGGUCGAUACAGUGAAGGCUUUUAUUCUCCACUUCCAGCUGAAGACAUUUAUUGUAAAUGGUGUAUUGGUUGAGAAGCCAUUCUUGAACAUGAUUGCCAGUUCUACGAAUGAUUCUGGAGCAAUCCGUGCUUCAGAUGUUUCAUCUGCUAGCUUUGGGUCCAAUGUUUCUUUGGAAUCUGGAAUACCUUGCGGAAUUUCAUUUUCAAAUUCAGAAAUUAGGGAUAUAUAUGUAAUACCGGUGGCAAGUGGAAUGAAUGGAAAAUUGCUUCUUACAGAGAAACACCCAUUCCGCAGUCGUCAUGGAGUUGUGAUUGCCAUUGCUCCAUUGGCAGGGUUAUGUCCUAAGAUAGAUGAGGACCACCCCUCGUGGUUGCAUCUUCGAAUAAGAGAGUUUGAUCCAAAGUUUUGUACAAUUAAAGCCAGAGGAAACCACCUGAGCAUGCCUGAUCAUUUGGCAGAUGGGAGAUGGACCCUUGGUUUCCCAAAUGCAAAAGCUUGUGAGGAAGCUCAAUUAGCGAUUCAGAAUGAAAUUAAUAAGCAGAGAUCGGCCGUGGAGUACAUGCUUGCUCCAUUACUUCAGUAUGAUCUUGGAUUAGCCGAAAGCUGAGGUAGUUAAUGUUGUGAUGAUAAAUGAUUGUAGGUGAGUUUAAGCUUUGUCCCCUUUUGAAUUAUUGACUCCUUUUUCUUUAUUUUACUUGGCUUGUUUCUUUUUGUACUUUUAUUUUAUUUUGGUUGUAUAAGUGGGAUAAGGUUAUAUUGCAUACUAGUAGUGUAGACUAUUUUAUAGUACUAUUACUGCCAACAAGUGAAUUUGUGAAGCAUGCUGCAUGUAAUAUGAUCUCAUGUAGAGUUGUGAUCAUCUGCGAUACUUGAAUUCAUAGUGUCUGUAAUUCCUUAAUUCUUCUUGUUAUUUUAAUUCCUUAUGGAUUAU